UCUUGACAGUCUUGCUCGGAGCCGGAGAGGGUCAGGGGGGAGGAGAUGCAAGGGAGUGGAGCAAGACGAUUCCGGGAGGCGCACCACAGGGUGACCACUUCAGCGGCACCAUCCGUGGGCAGCUAGCCCCACCAAUGGUCUUCCACCCGGAACGUCCACUGCCACUUCUUCGCCGGAUCGCCUUGUCCGCUGCGGUCGCGGAGAUGAUCACAACCCAGAGAAAGCCGUGGACAACGGUCUUCUUGCAAAGUUUUGUGGUUUGAUCAGCAUCUCGGGCACACUCAGAGACCCGGAGCUUUGUGGCGCACAUUUUGACCCCAUCAAGUCACUCCCCGUGUGCCGCCCUGCAGUGUGACUUCGUAUAAAUGAGUGAGACAGCUGCGAGGGAAAGGGCGGGGACAUGUACCAGAACCCCAACAGAAUGUCCUGGUUCAGUGGUUUCCUAGUCGCCAGAGUGGAUGACCGUAAGACCGCGUGGGGGGAGCGCAAUGGCAAGAAAUCCAAACGGAGGGGAGGCUCAUCUCUCUGCAACCCACGUUACAUGAGCUGUCUGCGGGAUCCAGAUGCGAUGGAGCCUCCCUCCGGCGCCCCCCUCCACCAGCACCAUCGUGGAGGGAUGGCGGGGGCCGUGGGAGGCGGGGGCAACUUUGGAGCCCGUUGUGGAUGGCAGGAAGACCACUACGGAAAAAGGGCCGGGCCCCAUAGGGAAGGGGUGGGGCUGAAAUCGGUGGACUUGGACUUUGAGGACGGCGAGCUGAAGGGCAGGAAAGGCGGGUGCAAUGGAGGCGGCGGCGACAUGGGAGACGACAGCGUCAGCGGCGCAGCUGGCGUCGUGACGGCCGCCGACUGUUGGCUCAGGGUGGUGCGAGUAUUCCAAUCGAAAAAGUUCCAGUCCCGCAAACUGGAACGUCUUUACCAGAGAUACUUCUUCAGGCUCAACCAGAGCUCUUUGACCAUGUUGAUGGGGGUCCUCGUGAUCGUGUGCGGCAUCAUGCUGACCUUCCACUGUGUCCAUGCACCCCCUCACGUGGCCUAUUCGUCCGCCUUGUCGGUGGCAAUGGCGCUCUUCAUGGCGCUUAUGGUGGUGUGCAACCGCAAUGGCUUCCAUCAGGACUACAUGUGGAUGGUCAGUUAUCUGGUCAUCGGCGUCUUGGUGUCAGUCCAAGUGUUUGGGGUGCUCAUGGUGGCACCCCGGAGCGCUUCAGAGGGCAUCUGGUGGUCUGUGUUCUUCAUUUACAUCAUCUACACCCUCUUGCCUGUAAGGAUGAGGGCGGCGGUGUUUAGCGGAGCUGUACUGUCCAUCAUACACUUGGUGACCACCUGGCAGAUCAACCAGGAGGACAGGUUCCUUUGGAAACAGGUGAGUGCAAAUGUCCUUAUUUUCCUGUGCACCAACAUCAUUGGAAUCUGCACCCACUACCCUGCUGAGGUUUCUCAGAGGCAAGCCUUCCAGGAGACCAGAGGAUACAUCCAGGCCAGACUACAUCUGCAGAGGGAGAAUCAGCAACAGGAACGUCUGUUGCUCUCAGUGCUGCCAAGGCAUGUUGCCAUGGAGAUGAAGGCUGACAUCAAUGCCAAGAAGGAAGACAUGAUGUUUCAUAAGAUCUAUAUCCAGAAACACGACAAUGUCAGUAUUCUCUUUGCUGACAUCGAGGGUUUUACCAGCCUGGCCUCCCAGUGCACGGCGCAGGAAUUGGUCAUGACACUCAAUGAACUCUUCGCCCGCUUCGACAAGCUGGCCUCGGAGAACCACUGUCUGCGUAUAAAAAUUUUGGGUGAUUGUUACUAUUGUGUGUCUGGGCUCCCUGAACCCCGUGCAGACCACGCCCACUGCUGCGUAGAGAUGGGCGUGGACAUGAUCGAGGCCAUCUCGCUGGUGCGUGAGGUAACGGGAGUCAACGUCAACAUGCGUGUCGGCAUCCACAGCGGCCGCGUGCACUGUGGUGUCCUAGGACUCAGGAAGUGGCAAUUUGACGUCUGGUCAAACGAUGUUACGCUGGCUAAUCACAUGGAAGCGGGAGGCAAAGCAGGACGGAUUCACAUCACCAAGGCCACCCUGCAAUAUCUGAAUGGAGACUACGAAGUGGAGCCAGGCUUUGGAGGGGAGAGGAAUGCUUACCUAAAGGAGAACAGCAUCGAGACUUUCCUCGUCCUCGGCUGCAGCCAAAAGAGGAAGGAAGAAAAGGCGAUGAUGGCUAAGAUGCAGAGGACGAGAGCCAACUCCAACGAGGGACUGAUGCCACGCUGGGUCCCUGACAGAACUUUCUCCAGGACAAAAGACUCCAAAGUAUUCAGACAAAUGGGCAUUGACGAAACCUCCAGUAAAGACAACCGCGGCGUUCAGGAGACCAUGAACCCGGAGGAUGAGGUGGAUGAAUUCCUGGGACGAGCGAUUGAUGCUCGCAGCAUCGACCAGCUAAGAAAAGACCACGUUAAGAAGUUCCUACUCACCUUUCAAACAUCUAGUUUGGAGAAGAAGUAUUCCAAGAAAGUGGAUGAUCGUUUUGGUGGCUAUGUGGCUUGCACUCUUCUAGUAUUCUGCUUCAUAUCCUUCAUACAGAUUGUUAUUUUUCCACACACUCCGGUCAUGCUGGGAAUCUACAUCAGUAUCUUCAUCAUCCUGGCCAACAUCCUCUUCAUCUGUGCCAUAUACUCUUGCAUCAAGCUCUUUCCUGCUGCAAUGCAGACAGUUUCAAAGAAGAUUGUCCAGUCUCGCACCAACAGCACUCUAGUUGGAGUGUUUACCAUUAUCCUCGUCUUUAUUUCUGCCUUUGUCAACAUGUUUGCAUGUGACACCAAGAGCUUAGUGGAGUGUGUUGCGGAGAACUCCAACACCUCUACAGCCAUGGUGACGCCCUGUGUGAUCCGCCGAUUGAAUGUGUCUGUUGAAGGGGGUCUCGAGAUCUGUCCCAGUCAAGGCCCCUCCUGCCCCUUUCCCGAGUACUUCAGCUACAGCGUGCUGCUGACGCUGCUGGCCUGCUCAGUGUUCCUGCAGAUCAGCAGCAUUGGGAAGUUGGCUCUGAUGCUGCUCAUCCAGCUCACCUUCCUGCUACUGGUCGAAUGGCCGCAAGUAGCACUGUUCGACAAUGCAGACCUCUUUGUCACCUCCAAUGCCAUCGAUCUAAAUGAAACAAGUACUCAGUGGCCCAGUUUCAAUGAAACUUCAAACCAGUGCCCAUUUGUUGUGACCAAAGUGUCCCUGAGGGUCAUGACGCCAGUGAUCCUCACAGUCUUUGUGCUGGCACUCUACCUGCAUGCACAGCAGGUCGAAUCCACAGCACGCCUCGACUUCCUGUGGAAAUUACAGGCCACUGAAGAAAAGGAGGAGAUGGAGGAACUCCAAGCCUACAACCGUCGCCUCCUCCACAAUAUUCUGCCUAAAGACGUGGCUGCACACUUCUUGGCACGUGAGCGGCGUAACGACGAGCUCUACUACCAGUCCUGUGAGUGCGUGGCAGUCAUGUUUGCCUCCAUAAGCAAUUUCUCCGAGUUCUACGUAGAACUGGAGGCCAACAACGAGGGGGUGGAGUGUCUACGUCUGCUCAAUGAGAUUAUCGCUGACUUUGAUGAGAUUAUCAGUGAGGAGAAAUACAGGCAGCUGGAGAAGAUCAAGACCAUUGGCUCCACCUACAUGGCCGCUUCCGGCCUCAACGACUCCACCUAUGACAAAGAGGGCCGAACACACAUUACCGCACUGGCUGACUACGCCAUGAGACUGAGGGAGCAGAUGAAAUACAUCAAUGAGCAUUCAUUCAACAACUUCCAGAUGAAGAUAGGUCUGAACAUCGGACCAGUGGUAGCAGGUGUCAUUGGUGCGCGGAAGCCUCAAUACGAUAUCUGGGGAAACACCGUCAAUGUUGCCAGCCGCAUGGACAGCACAGGUGUACCGGACUGCAUACAGGUGACAACGGACCUCUAUCAAGUGCUGGCGAGCAAAGGCUAUGUGCUGGAGUGUCGUGGGGUGGUUAAGGUCAAAGGUAAAGGGGAAAUGACAACCUACUUCCUCAAUGAUGCCCCACCCAAAAGUUAGCAGCCGCGGCAACAGCAGGUGGCUACUGCAGGGACACAGCACCGCUGAGUGAGGACUCACAGAGUGAGCAAAUGGCUACAAACAACUGGAAACGCCAUCACUUGAAUCCCAAGUCAGGAGGGGGGAAGUGUCAGACUUUCAAUGGAAACAUGUACUUGAAGAAAGACAAAUGUCUGAUUUGACGGCCUUCGUGGCACAUCUACAACUCGAAAGACUGCCGUUUUUCUCAUGUCAAGCCUCUGUCAGGCUUCUUGAAAGAUGCAAAGUCUGUUUAUUUCAAUCAACGCCUUUUAGCCUGUGUCAAAAGAAGAUUUUGUGCUGUACAUAAGGCUACUUUCUUUUACGUCUUCAUUUUGCUUUUUACAUGAAUUAAGAAGAGGUACUUGUGUCUGAGUUCCGGAUGAAUUAUUUAUUACAAGCGUAUUGUGCAAAAGGUCCUUUAUGAAGAAGUGUGACGGCAUAAAGCGCGUGCACAAAUAUCCAGUUUACUACACGACAAUAAGUGUGUAUGUACAUGCCUAUUUGUGGACGAAUAUAUGUACAAAAUGAGGAGGACUCUAUUGACCAAAGACGAAAGUAUUUACUAAAAGCAAGGCAAGAGAUGUUACGGGAUCUGUUCUGGCAAAAGUCAGCAACGUUUGUUAGGCCUGAACCUUGUGUCUUCUUGCCUAGCUGCUGGCAGUAAAGACUGCUUCAUUGUUUUCGUAAACUAUGUUUUAAAAACAAACAAACAAAAAAUUAUUUAUUUUUGUCUGUCAUUCCGGCAGCAAGGCGCAUCCGCUCUAAAUUAUUAUCGUGCCCUCAACCUCUAGAUGGCUAAAGACGACAAAGGAUGUUUUAAAGAAGGCUGCAUUUGAAAUGUCUAUUUUUCAUUUGUGCUCUCUGCGGAGUACAAGUAGCUUCCACUGGGUUUCAAGCGCUUGUUUGACAACAUUAUUGGUUGUUUUUUUAGAGUUGGAGCCACCACUAUCCAGCUUGCUAAAGCCGUAACAGUAUGUCAAUCCCUCCUUCGCCUUUUGGAGGUGUACCGGUACUUUUGGUGCAAAUAGAAAUUGUCAGCAAAGCCGUUCCGAAGGAAUCGGGGAGCAAACUUUGGAUGUCAGCGCAGCCUGAUUUAAGAACAAGACGAAGGAAAGAUAUCUAUAUUGUUUUGACUGAAUACUGUGCUUUGUAAUCCUGGAGGGGCAAAACUAUUUUCACUGUGAGGUUUCUAUUCUACAGCAAAACUGCUUUCUUGCCAAACAUAACGCUUUGAAGCAUGUCUUAUUGUGGUACCUUCAGUUCAGUUUUGUUUGUUUUAAUGUAGGGUCAUUUUUGCCACUUCCGUAUUCAUCGUUUGUAUAUUCUUAAUGUUUUGAUGACGAUGACGAUGAUGAUGAAUUCUAAUGCUUAUUAUGAUGAUUCCAUUCCAGUGAAAAAGGAUCAAAGACCAGCACGCUUUCUUGUUCAACGUCUGUGGUGAAGCUGAAGCUCACGGGUAACAACUGCAGCCAAUGAAUUUAGUCAUUCAAACGUGAUAUACUAUACAGUAUUUCCACUGGCCGUCGGUGCGAUCAUGUACAGCAAGUAAUAACAUGGCUGCGUUGCGUUGGCUCACAUAAGCAUAGCAGCAAACAGGUUUUUGAAAGAUUCACUGUGCUUCUUCUUCUUUUCAAUUAUUAUUAUUAUUUUUUUAAAUGACACUCCUGCAGUAUUGUAAAUCUCAGUCGGGCUUUAAAGUGAUGUCUCCUUUCCACACAACUCAACAGAGAACAGAACAUACAGAUAUUUCCUGGCAUUAUACCACUGUGUGGUGAGUGUGGGGGUGGGGGGUGGGUUAAAAGGCAGCACAUAUUUGGUCAGGAUAAAUUUCUUCAGUUCAUGUAUUAUUUUCCCAGUCUUUCAGCAGCAUUUUCGCUGACGGCUGAGUUUGAUUGCCUUAAGUUCAUUGAUGACAUUUAUGAGAAUAACGCUAUACAGGAACUGUGCCUGCUGGCCCUUUCUGGACUGCCGAUGGCGAGAAAAGAAUAAGGGCUUGUUGAGAAUAUUCUCUGUGCAACAGCUCAUCAUCACCCACCAUUUUUUUUUUUCUGCCACAAGCAAAAGCCCUGACUCGACUCUUUUGCCGCACUCGACGGCCGACAAACAGUUUGUACCAAAGCCAGCUCAUGCGACCUUGCGCUUUUGGUCCCUGCUUUGUGGCUUUGUGUUGUCAGGUGUGGCAGAGGUGCCAGAAGAAAGCAAUGUAAUGGACAACAGCAAGUAACGAGGGAACUGUGACCAAUAAAGAAUGAUUCGUCUUAAGUUCAUAGGCUUGCCAAGCGUUGAUAAAAAUGUGCAUUGUAUGUAUUUAUUUCUAUUGGCUGUCCAUGGACUUAUGUUAAUUGUUCAAUGCUGGGAUGUUUUGGUGGAGCAGGAGGAGAAGGUUGUCCCCACACAACUGAAACAGUAUUUUUGCUCAGGCCUGACAAAGAACCUUCUGUGCUUGUUUUGUUUUAUUUGUAUUUUCCCUGAGUUGGUGGAGCUGGGUGGGGCGUUUUGCGUCGAAUGGCAAGAGUUGAGGACUGACAAAGAGAAAAAUAAAAUUCCCCCUUGAAGAAAGAAAAUUCAAA